GCAGCCUACAAUAUACAAUCGCGUCUUCACCAGGCAUUCCUAAAAACUUCGAAUUUGCUUUCAAGUUCCAUGGAAUUAAGUUAAAUCCAUAAAUUUACAAGUUGGCAAACAUUUAGAUGAACUUAUCAACUAGCGUGAACUACUGAUAGGUAUAGGACGCAACGAUCGUGUUGAGGCGUUACGACGGAGAACAGGAAAUUAGUGAUUCUUCGUGGGGGGAAACGCUCCGUUAGUCUACCCUAGCAAGCCCCGGCUGCUCCGGCUGAAAUCAUCUCAUCAAAUUGUGAAUCGUCUCCAGCUGUUCGACUGAAGUCACCUGCGUCUUGCAUACCGAUGCAUCAUAACUCAAGGUGAGAGUAGCUGAGAUAAUCAUCAUCAUUUGACUGAGGACUUUAAACCAUGAGUCGUACGGGACCACAAGCUAAGACUGUGGAAACGAGAAUAGUUGUUCUUGGGCGACCAGGAGUUGGAAAAUCAGCUACAGUAGUUCGGUUUCUUACUCGUCGAUUCAUAUGGGAGUACGACCCUACAUUAGAAUUUACCUAUCGACAUCAGACGAUAAUUGAUGAUGAAACUGUUACCAUGGAGAUAUUAGAUACAGCUGGUCACCAGGAAGACACUUUGAACAACAGAGAAGGUCACGUGAGGUGGGGAGAAGGCUUUCUACUUUUAUACAGUGUGACUGAUCGCAAGAGCUUUGAAGAUAUUAUGCAAAUCAAAAACUAUUUAGAUGAAAUCAAAAAGGCCAGGAAUGUUACCAUGGUGAUUGUUGCUAACAAGUGUGAUUUGGAUCAUCUGCGCACCGUAUCGACUGAAGAUGGUGAGAGAUUGGCUCAAGAUUUGGCGUGUGCUUUUUAUGAGGUAUCAGCUUGUAGAGGGGAUGAGAGUAUUGAAGAAGCUUUUCAUGAACUUUGCCGUGAAGUAAGAAGACGUAAAGCUAUGGAAGGAUCCAAACAAAACAGAAGACGAAGCUCCAUUCAGCAGAUGAAACAAGUACUUAAUAAAACAUUCACUAAGAUCAACAAUAGACAAUGAACAAUGUCAACUGCAGUUGUAUCAACUUGUUGCAGCUUUUUAUCAGUAUUUCAGACUGAGUCUGACCACUAAGUGUUUUGACAAAUAAUGACAACUAAAUGAUGUUACGCAGUAUUUGAAAUCUAAAUUCAUUGGACAUGCGCGAAUUGACGUACGCUACUACGGCUGAAUGUGGUACAUCGUUUACUGGUGACAAACGAAUAACGUCCACACAUGGGAACAAUUUCAUAAAGCAGAAAAUGUUGCUUAGCAUAACACAAUAUGCUUACAUACCUUUAUGUGCUUAGCAAGUUUUUUUUCUGCUUACCGGCUUUAUGAAAAUGGUCCCUGAUUGUUACUUAAGUUACGUAAAGGUGUCCCAGUGAAUUCUGUCCCCCGUUCCCCUUGGAAAUAAACACUGGAGGAGGAUGUUUCAAAAGAGGGCGCUACCACAAGUCUGUACACAGUUUCGCCGUAUG